AUGUCGGAAGUCUCAAAUUCGCAGAUCUUUAGCAUUGAGGACUUGAAGAAGGCGGCCUCGGAGAAUUUAUCCCAGACGUAUCGAGACUACUACAAUGGCGGCGCCAUGGACAACAUAACGCUUCACAGCAACGAGACGGCAUUCGACCGGUAUCUGAUUCGUCCCCGAGUCUUGCGUGAUGUCUCCAACAUCGAUACGAGCACACAGUUCUGGGGGUCCACAGCCUCCUUACCCAUGGGGCUCUCUCCAUCAGCCAUGCAUCGGCUGGCUCAUGCUGAUGGAGAGGUGGGGACUUCAAAAGCAUGUGCUGCUCGUCGAGUUCCAAUGGUUCUCUCCGCGCUCUCGAAUGACUCUCUGGAAGAUGUUUCUGCUCAGAGCACAGAUCAGUCGACACCUUACGCAAUCCAGGUCAGUCCAUUCAACGAUCGCCGAAUCACGACGAACCUACUUGAUCGAGCGAAAUCGGCUGGAUACAAAGCUGUCGUUUUGACUGUCGAUGCGCCUAUGUUUGGGCGCCGCCUUGAGGAUCUUCGGAAUGGUUUCAGUCUACCAGCUGGUACAAAGUUCCCGAAUCUCACUUCUCUCGCUCCAUCGGAAAAGGGCAUGGGAGGCGGUCUUCCUGACCUGUCCUUCGUUACCUCUGCCGAGGACGUUUUACUCGCCAUACAGCAUGGUGUUGAUGGUGUGGUCAUCUCCAACCAUGGUGGUAGACAACUAGAUACCACCCCCGCGACAGUGGACAUACUUCGAGAGGUAGCACCGCUCGCCAAGGGAAAGAUUCGCAUUGCCCUUGAUGGAGGCAUACGACGUGGCUCGGACAUCUUCAAGGCCCUCGCCUUAGGGGCAGACUUUGUUUUCGUAGGAAGAAUUGCUAUCUGGGGCUUAGCGUACAAUGGCUCCAGUGGCGUGGGGUUGGCUCUUGACUUGCUGUUCAAAGAGUUCAAACUAUGUAUGGGAUUGGCAGGUUGCAACAAAAUCGCAGACAUUACCUCGGCCCAUCUAUCUGUGUUGCAGAGCAAUGGCUUGCUCGCGAAGGUCUGA